UUCUUUUUUGAGAUUAUAACAUUGAAAUAUUAUGAGUGAGAUAAAGCGAUUUCUUGGAGAUUAUUUUUUUUGCAAAUUUUUGUGAAAAAUAAACUUUUGAUUCUGCAUACAUUUAACGAACUGAAAUCCAAGAUAAUUGUUCGUAACACGUGAUUGUAUUUACUUUUCGUGUAUUUACUUCUUUUCGAAAUCAGAUCUUUAAAAAUGUAUGAGACAAAGUAGUGUGUGUUCUACACAGUAAUAAUGAAUUAAAGCAUGUGCAACUGGAACAUACGGAUUUCACAUCAAUUUCUGUCUUUUUCUGUAUUAAUAACUAAACGAAAAUUGUUAUAAUUAAUUGGCGAUGAUUUAUUAAUUGCUGAAUGAUGUAUUAAUUAACGUAUAACAAUAUAUUAUGGAGGCUUGUAAAGAAUUGAAAGCAAAGUACGAUCGUUGUUUUAAUAAUUGGUUCUCCGAGAAAUUUUUGCGUGGAAUUUAUGAUGAUAGUGAAUGCGCAUCGUUACUUAAAGUUUACACUGAAUGUGUAGCGCAAGCUAUGAAAGAUCAAAAUAUAAAUAUAGAUGAGGUAAAUAUGGCUCAUUUGGGAACAGAACAAGAAAAGAAAACUGAAGAUUGACCAUUAUACUUUUAAUAGGAUUUUCUUUUAAUUUUUACUAUGGAUGUGUUACAUAUGUUUAAAUAAAUAAUUUUUAUCAUAAAA